GCGGCGAAGGGACGGCGGGCGGCAGCAAGGCCGACGGCCCCGAGGGGACAGUGGGCGAAACCACGGCGACGGCGGCGGCAGCACGGGACUGCGUGUCCGGCUUCCACGUGGACGUGGUGGUGACGGGAGUGGUGGAUCAGUGCGUCUUCUUCGGCAAAGACAGCGCCAAGAAGGUGAAGGAGGAGACGGUGCGGUUGGCGGCGGCAGUGCAGGAGGACCCGCCGCCUCCGGGACAGCUCUUCCUCCUGCCCGGUGCUGAGGACACGAACCAAACGGGGCCGGGGAUGGAGGCACCGGAGGAAGCGCCGUCCGCCGUCGCCGACCCGUCGCUGUGCCGCUUGUACCGGCACGUGUCGCACGAUUUCUUGGAGAUCCGCUUCAAGAUCCAGCGGCUGCUGGAGCCGCGGCAGUACAUGCUGCUGCUGCCGGAGCACGUGAUGGUGAAGAUCUUCAGCUACCUGCCCACCCAGACCCUGGCCGCCCUCAAGUGCUCCUGCCACUACUUCAAAUCCAUCAUCGAGACGUUCGGGGUGCAAGCCACCGACUCGCGCUGGAACCGCGACCCCCUGUACCGCGACGAUCCCUGCAAGCAGUGCAAGAAGCACUACGAGAAGGGGGACGUGUCGCUGUGCCGCUGGCACCCCAAGCCCUACCACCACGACCUGCCUUACGGCCGCUCCUACUGGAUGUGCUGCCGGCGGCCCGACAAGGAAGCGCCCGGCUGCCGCGUGGGGCUGCACGAUAACAACUGGGUGCACCCGGCGGCACGGCGCGACGACGGCAGGUGAAGGGACGUGGGGACACGGAGGUGGAAGCGGCGGCGCCGGACCCCCGGAAUGGUGGGGGAGAAGGGAGGGAGGGG